AUGACAUCAGCAGCCGAAUCUCUUGAACUAGCCAACAUAGUCUUCUACGCUAUGGCUGUGCUUCCCGCAAUUUACUGCUUCAUCCAGCACGGCAAGCACGGGAUCGUGGGCUGGCUCUAUGUGAUACUCAUGUGUGGUCUACGCCUGGCCGGUAAUGGCAUAUCCUAUCAUGCGAUCUCCACAACGGGCAAGCCCAAUACCGCUGCUUCCAUUAUCGUCGGAAUUGGUCUCUCUCCUCUUCUUUUCUCAGCUCUGGGUAUAUUGCACGAGUCAAAUACCUCUAUCCAAUCAGUCCUUUCUCCUUUUCUGGGAUGGGCUGGCAUGCUCAUUCCUCAUCUCGUUAUUGGCGCUGGCAUCGGUCUAGCAGCAGCCAGUGGCAAUAAUCUCAAUUUGUUAAAAGUCGGCAUGAUCAUCUUGGCCAUGGGCUGGCUUAUGAUCACUGGAAUGAUUGUUCUGUCUUUCAAGGCAAAAGCACACAGAGGCCGACUUCCAGGAGAGAGGAAGCUGCUUCUUGCUCUCGCCAUUGCUAUACUAUUUAUUGGGGUACGAGUUGUCUACGCCAUUGUGACGGCAUUCAGAUACGGAUUUUCAUCUAGGGCCUCCAUGCCCGUGCAGGUGAUCUUUGGCACCCUACCGGAGUUUCUGGUCAUGAGCAUCUACCUUUCUGCUGGCAUUGUGACUCGGAAUCUACCUCGUGACCGUAUGGAAAAGUCGCGGGUAACCGACAACACAGCCUAUACCUCCGUCUCGGAUCCGAGCUAUGGCACCACCUACUACUCUGUUGCGCCUCCGCCUCAAGUCACCGGUCACACAAAUGUGUAA